AUGACAGACAAGCCGCCCCCGCUGCCGACGCCGCUCGUGGUUCCGAGUCAGCCAACCCUCUCUCUUCCAAGCGCCGUCUCGCGAGACGUCACCCGGAAGCAAGAGACAGCGGACGAGGAGCCGUAUACCAUAAAGUGUAUUUGCGGCUUCCCUGACGAUGACGGAAACACGAUCUACUGCGAGACAUGCGACACUUGGCAGCACAUUGAGUGCUACUACCCCAACAGCGUCGAAGAUGCCCUUCGCCCGACUUUCGCACAUUCGUGUGUUGAGUGCGAACCACGACUCCUAAAUCAUGAACAAGCUAUCGCUCGCCAAAAGGCCAAGAUGGCCGUGCCAGUCAUGGAAGCAACGGCCGACAAGAAGCCGAAGCGGCCACCAUCUAAGAGCCACAAGAAAAAGCCAAAGCCGUCGGAUCUUCAGAUAAACGGCGUUUCACACGGCACACCCGAGAACAAGCACGCCAGUCCUUCCGACAACCCCCAUCCCACCAAGAAGGCUAAAAACUCGCACAAACCAAGCCAGUCAAUUAGCUCUCAGACCUCUAAACGAAGCCCGCCCCACGGGAAUACUAAAACGGCACAGAAUCACCCUUUGAGCCCUGCAACAACGCCGCCUGAUCUUCCCAACGACUUUGAAUUACACAACUACUCGUCGGGGUUCGUGUCGUUGUACAGUGAUCAGGCGUUCCAGAUUGUCAACACGAACAGCUAUGCCGGUUUACAGGUUUCAAAUACAAUGUUGACCUGGCUGCGCGACCCACUCCGCAUGCAAGCAGAAACCGGUUGUUCUCCCAACGACGUCUUCCAACCCCUUCCCGACAACAUGGAUUUGCGCAAAGUCGCGCCCGAAGUUGAACAAGACAAAAAGGUCAUUUCUCCAGGCACUACGGUACAAUGCCGCUGCUUGAAGGCGCCUUCGGAUAUUAAGAAGGACGUACCGCUUAUGGAAGUGAAUGGCCAAAUUGGCUUCCAGGCGGCUUACUGCGCCGAUCCCGAGAACCGCUACUCAGAGCUAACCGCUCCGCUCCCUUUCGUCCUCUUCCAUCCAAGUCUCCCGCUAUACAUCGACACACGACGGGAAGGGUCCGAGGCACGUUUCGUCCGGCGCAGUUGUCGACCGAACGCCGUGUUGGAAACAUUUAUCUCGUCCGGUAGUGAAUACCACUUUUGGCUGGUGAGCGACCGCCGGAUUGCGGCCCGUGAGCAAAUCACGAUUGCUUGGGACUGCGGGUUCCCGGCGGCGGAGAAGGCCCGUGCGCUUCAAGUACUGGGUCUGGGAGACGACGUCACAGCAUCACAUGUCGAGCCCAGCGUCACCGAAAAUGACUACCAAAAGUACUCUGGCUGGGUCCAUUCUAUCCUCUCUGAACAUGGCGGUUGCGCAUGUAACCUUGGCCCAGAAUGCUCCUUCGCACGGUUUCAUAGGAAUUACCUUGCCCAAAGCCAAUCGCGACCGGGUGCGCCCAAAAGCAAGAAGCGCAAGCCAAAAUCGCAGCACGCGAUCUCGCCGACGAGCACGGGGCACGCCACCAACAGCAGGGCCGCCAGCGAGGGCCAUUUGGAGGAGGUUCCUGAAAAUGAGCGGAGGUCCGUCUCCGGUUCCUCACGCAGUAAGCCACCAAGCCGCGACAUGACCCCAACAGCGAGACAAGGGUCCUUCGACACUCUCGGUAUUUUAACUGAACCCACGGAUCGGGAUAAAAGAAAGGUCGCCAUGGUUGAAGAUUCGUUCCGUCGCAUGGAGCAGCAGCAACAUCAACAUCAUCAGCAACAGCAACAACAACCCCAACGCAAGAGGAAACGGGCGUCUGAUGGGGCAAGCACCAACCAGACGAAAUCGUCGAAACCCAGUUCAGCAACGCAAACGCCAAACCUUCCAACGGGGUUUCCGGAACGUGGAUACGUUGAUGCUGGGACGGGUACCUCAAGGGGCAAAUCUGGGUCGCCGAGUGGUGCAAGCCCCACUCAUGUCGGCCAAGCACGCAAGAUCCCCCCAUCGAGGAACUCAUCGGCGCCUGCCCCGUCUCGCCCUAAUUCGGCGGCGCCACGCGCCAAAUACUGUGACGCGGCGGUGCAGACUGAUUUCUCCGACGUGGGCGACACAACGGCCCCGAGGCGGAGAGUGGGAUCCUGCCUCAGGAAGCGGAUGUUGGAGAGCUGGCACCACGUCCGCAUUGAGGAGGAAGAGCGUUCCAAACGCCGCACACUUGAGCGACCAUCCACGGCUGUGAGCAUGGAAAGUCAAAGCGACCAAAGUACGCUCCAGACAUCACCAGCGUCUUCUAAGGGGCCCGAGAAGGGCCCUGGCCACGACGAUUCAGGCGGCGGCUUGAGAGAUGUCACGAUGAUGGACGCACAACCAGUGUCUCCAGCGGUGACGACCAUUCCAUCCCCUGUUCCGGCAGGCAGCCUAGUUGUCAAGACCAAGUCGCCAGAGCUCCGGGUCGAGAUGCCCCCUGUUCCGACCUUCCCAGCCGUGCACCCGACCGCUUCCCCUGCUUCCACGCCUGUCUCGGCUGGGCCCGGGGUGGCCCAAUCGCCUUUCUCUGUCACCAGUCUUGCGAGCCCCUUCGCCCCGCCAUCGGUUAACAGCACUGCCCCGACACCGAGCCCGGUGAAGAAGAAGCUGAGCUUCAACGACUACAAAAGCAGGAUGAACAAGGCCGGUGCUGCGCGACCGUCGGUUGGGACAACGCUGUUGAAACCGGUCUCGGAUGCUGAUGAACCCAAGUCCGCCACGAGUACCGACGGCGGCGUAGCAACGAGCUCUCCCGUAAUGGAGAAGCCGGGUGAAGGCCCCGUCGUCGACGAGACCACGCCGGGUCUGGCUGCCCCCGGUGCCGUGUAA